AUGUCAGGCAAGAAGAGACGAAACAUCGAGACGACGGCGGAAGAUCUUUCUGGGGUCGAAUUUGAAAGUUCCGAAGAGGUUGAAGUCAUCCCAACAUUUGAUGCUAUGGGAUUGAGGGAGCCCCUACUUCGUGGCAUCUAUUCAUACGGUUUUGAAAAGCCGUCGGCAAUCCAACAGCGUGCCAUAAAACCUAUAAUGAAAGGUCGUGAUGUAAUUGCCCAAGCUCAGUCUGGUACCGGAAAGACUGCAACAUUCUCGAUUUCGGUGCUUCAGUCGAUCGAUACGGACUUAAGGGAAUGUCAGGCUUUGAUUCUAUCCCCGACGCGUGAAUUGGCUGUGCAGAUUCAAAAGGUUGUUCUGGCUCUUGGAGACUACAUGAACGUGCAAUGUCAUGCAUGCAUUGGGGGUACGAACAUUGGAGAAGACAUUCGCAAACUCGACUAUGGGCAACAUGUUGUCUCUGGUACUCCCGGUCGUGUGUUCGAUAUGAUCCGUCGUCGGAACCUCCGUACCCGGUCUAUCAAACUGUUAGUUCUCGACGAGGCUGACGAGAUGCUCAACAAAGGAUUCAAGGAGCAGCUUUAUGAUAUAUAUAGAUAUCUUCCUCCUGGAGCCCAGGUCGUUUUGCUGUCUGCCACACUACCUCAUGAGAUUCUCGAAAUGACCAGUAAAUUCAUGACUGAUCCCAUCAGGAUCCUCGUAAAACGUGAUGAGUUGACACUGGAAGGAAUUAAGCAGUUCUUUGUUGCUGUCGACUGUGAGGAGUGGAAAUUCGACACGCUAGUGGACCUCUAUGACACACUCACUAUCACCCAAGCGGUUUUAUUCUGUAAUACGCGGAGAAAGGUGCAUUAG